AUGAAUGGAGAACCUAAGGUCCCGUUCGUCCAGACAAGGAACCAGGAAACCGAAGAGGUUGGCUAUGAUCUGAGGCCCGCACCCCUUCGACUGUCCCCCAGGAGCAGGGACACGCAUGCACCUCGACUAUCAAACGAACAUCAUAGCCAACUAUACAUGGCGCCUGCGGAGUGUGGCGGCGAAGUAAAGUCAUCCAAGAUCUCGCCAGCUUGUGGUCUUGCUGCUAUUGUGUCCAAGUUCGAGAUUCUGGAGGCUAUGACCAACCUGGAGAAGCCUGAGAUAUCGACUACUGUAAAGGCAGGUCCCAGAACGCCUCGCAAGAUACCUCGACAUCAUUCGAAGCACAUGAUGGGCGAGAACAUGGAUCCAAGUCUGGAGUCUAGCCAAUUCUCGUCUGGCGAUAUAUCCGCCCCUGAAUGGCAUAAUCAUUAUCGGGAGAGACAGUGGAUGCCAGAUACUUCCACUUCUACAAUGGUCAACACAAGAUCCAGGGACAAAGGGCCAAGCACCGCGGGAGGGAUUGCGACGGGGAGUAUGCACAACAUUGUAGCAGAGAGGCGGCAGAUUUUUGAGUCUCGGACGGGGUGUCAUACUAUGCCUAGCAAGUCUGCAAGCAUGCCUUUCAACCUGUAUGGCACUAGCCUCUCGGGGUCAAGCCCGCCGUUGACAAUGAAACUACGGCGAUCCAAGACAUAUUGGACCACAGCAAUGGAGUCAGACAGCCUCUCGGAAGCCUCGAAAUCCCAAAUUGGGAUUCAAAAUGGACUUCAGAAUACAAACAAUCAAGCCUCGACAAAUUCAAGGGAACAAACCGCAGCUACAGUAGAUGUACAAGCCGGCGGCCACGAUCCGCUUCUUAUGCACAGCAGUGAGGCUCCAAGAAGCAGAUCGAAGGCAACCACAGCAAUCAAGCCAAGGAGCAAGCUGUUUGGUGCUAUCGAUGCACUAUUUUCGCGCGAGGUCAGCCUGCAUUCGUCGAAGGAACAGCUAGAGCUGCCUCCCAGUCCGAAUAUUCGAUCAAAUCAGGAGUCAGGGGAGGGAUGGGAAAACGACGGUGUAUUACAGUGUCCAGGAUCAGUAGAGCAAUCCUUCCCAGCCCAGAUCCACGCCCCUCACCAAGCCCGCAGAGAAGCGGAAUUCAACACCACAGGCAACGCCACCACGGUCACGUAUCCCAACUUCAGGGGAACGGUGAUGAAGACUGUCCAGAGCCGGGUCACUAAUCUACGGAAUCUCUUGAACAUGACUGCCAAGGAAGAUGACGAGCUGCAACUCGACUUGCGUCUGAAGCGCCGCCACACUGGACCACAGAGAAACCAGUCCAUUCAUCGUUCUCAUGCGCCAAAUCAUUCAUUCGACUGCGAUCGCGAAUUCAGGCUGGGUUUCAUGAGAUUCGACGCGAUCCUCGCUGAAAGAUCAUAUCAGCGCCUUCGAGUCGCUCUCUCGCUCCAGGUUCGAAAUAUCAGAACCGAAACGGGGAACACUGAGGAAAUUACAGUUGACUCCUGCGCGCAAUGA